GGGGGCGCCUGGAAACCGGUGGAAUCUGCACGGAGUGAGGAGAGCGAGCCUCUGGACUCCCAACUGCUCAGCAUGUGAACCGCCGCACAGUGUGAAGUCAAGUCAGAAAACGAUGGAAAUAUGAGCUUUUUUGAGUUUUAUCCGUGUAUUGUUUUGCGGUAGACUAGCGACGCUUUUGUGUAGACUUACUGGAAUAACUUGGGGUUGCAUUACUUCAAGAAAAUGGGACUUUAAGUGUUAUUUUCCCCGGGACGGGAGUGAGAGUGGGCUGCUUGGAGUCACUUACAAAGACCAUCAAGAAGUCAUGACACGACGAACGUUUCACUUGGAUUAAUCUUCAUAAAUCACAAGGAAAAGACGAUUACGGACAUUUCAACUCGAAGUACUCGGACUAAAAGAUAAGUGCUGUGACAAUUUAUGUAGUUUUUCCACGCUUUUCAAACGUUUUCAAGUCGCCCUACUUGGAUCAAAGUUUUUUCCUUCCUUCCCUCCCCCCUCCUCCUCAACUAUGGCGGCGGCCAGGUCCACCACUGGCUCCGUGUUGCUGCGGAUCAUGUGGCUGCUUUGCGGGCUGUGCUUCACAUCCACUUCUGCCCAACAUUACAACAGUGAGAGCGGGAUAUCUAUCCCAGAACACGGGUUCUGCCAGCCCAUCUCCAUCCCGCUUUGUACCGACAUCGCCUACAACCAGACCAUCAUGCCGAACCUGCUGGGCCACACGAACCAGGAGGACGCCGGCCUAGAAGUGCACCAGUUCUACCCCCUGGUGAAGGUCCAGUGUUCCGCAGACCUGAAGUUCUUCCUCUGCUCCAUGUAUGCACCAGUCUGCACGGUGCUGGAGCAGGCCAUCCCCCCGUGUCGGUCCCUGUGUGAGCGUGCGCGGCAGGGAUGUGAAGCCCUCAUGAAUAAAUUCGGUUUCCAGUGGCCGGAGCGGCUCCGCUGCGAGGCUUUCCCGGUCCACGGAGCCGGUGAGAUCUGCGUGGGCCAGAACACAUCCGAGCCCAGCAGCCCGGCCUCGUCUCCCCCCUUUGACCGCGAUCUGGCGACCCUUCCCCCCAACAUGGGGCGCCCCAAUUUACGACCGCCCCAGCACAACCCGUACCAGUUCUCCUGCCCUCUGCAGCUGGAGGUGCCAACCUACUUGGGCUACAAAUUUAUGGGGGUCAACGACUGCGGGGCGCCGUGUGAGCCCACUAAACCGACCGGCAUCAUGUAUUUCCGUGAGGAUGAAGUGAAGUUCGGCCGGCUGUGGGUGGGAAUCUGGUCUAUCCUGUGCUGUGUGAGCACCUUAUUCACUGUGCUCACAUAUUUAGUGGACAUGAGGCGGUUCAGAUACCCGGAGAGGCCCAUCAUCUUCUUAUCUGGCUGUUAUUUCAUGGUGGCGGUAGCCUACGCUGCUGGAUUCUUCCUGGAGGAUAAAGUUGUUUGUGUGGAUAAAUUCAAGGAUGACGGCUACAGGACAGUGGCUCAGGGGACCAAAAAGGAGGGCUGCACCAUCCUCUUCAUGGUCUUGUACUUUUUUGGUAUGGCCAGCUCCAUCUGGUGGGUGAUUUUGUCCCUGACUUGGUUCCUCUCUGCCGGGAUGAAAUGGGGCCAUGAGGCAAUUGAAGCCAACUCGCAAUAUUUCCACCUGGCUGCCUGGGCUGUCCCUGCCAUUAAAACCAUCACCAUCCUCGCCAUGGGCCAGGUGGAUGGCGACGUUCUGACAGGGGUGUGUUUCGUCGGGAUCUUCAACGUGGACGCCCUCCGCGGCUUCGUCCUGGCCCCGCUGUUUGUCUACCUUUUCAUCGGCACGUCCUUCCUCCUGGCCGGCUUCGUGUCCCUCUUUCGGAUCCGCACCAUCAUGAAGCACGACGGCACCAAGACGGAGAAGCUGGAGAAGCUGAUGGUUCGUAUCGGUGUGUUCAGCGUGCUCUACACAGUACCGGCCACCAUAGUGAUCGCCUGUUACUUCUACGAGCAGGCCUUCAGGGAGCACUGGCAGCGGACCUGGCACAUGCAGACCUGUAAGCGGUUCGCCGUGCAGUGCCCGGUUCACAACUUCGCCCCCAUGACCCCAGAUUUCACCGUGUUCAUGAUCAAGUACCUGAUGACCAUGAUAGUCGGGAUCACUUCGGGUUUCUGGGUCUGGUCUGGGAAGACGCUCCAAUCAUGGAGGAGGUUCUACAAGCGCCUUAGCAACGGUAACCAUGGCGAGACAACGGUGUGAAGUUACGAGUAAGAGAAGGCACAAAGCCCCGGGGUUUUGGAAAUAACAACCAUGUAAAUGAGGUCAAAUAGCUUUCAUUUUUAAUACUUUUUUUGGACUAUUUUAAAAAUGUGUUUUCGGGUUGUGACAGCAGUUCAGGCUUUUGGACACACCAUCAAACUUUAAUCUAUAUUCGAUAGAAGUUGGAUGAACUUUUUUCUUUUCUUUUUUUUCUCAUUACCUGACAGCCCACAGUAUCUCUGGAUUAUGAACUGGUGUGAAUGGCCAUACUGGUCCUGGGACUGUAAUGCCAGACUGAUGAGGUUACUUUUCAUAUGAAACUCCAUACAUAUUAUUGAUUAUAUCCUUAAUAUUACAAUUUGAAUGUAUGUCCUGUCUGCCAUGGUGAAAGUCUCUCAGUGGAAAACACCAUAACAGCAAAGACUGAUGGCUCGAACAGUAUGGCCUCCUGUCCGUGCUGCAGUGGAAAGGUCAAAGGUUUGAUCCCUACAGCAACCACGCCCUCUGACUGUGAAUUCAUUGAUUAGGUAUGCCUGGAUUAAUUAUACAUCUACGUUUUAAAUUACUCUGCUUUUAGCUAAAGACUGAAACGCUUUGAUACUUGUGUUGGAUAUUGCAGAGUACAAUCUAGCCUGUUAAAAUAUGAGAAUAUGUCCAUCAACUUGUGACUCCACCACGCCAUUAUGUGGCUGCCCAGAAAUCAAAGACUUUUAUUUCAUUUGUCGAUAUUUUUAAAAUGUUUCCAUACUGUUGAGUAUUUGCUACUAUAUUGAAUGUUCACUCCGACGGUGGAUGAAGUUAUGUAUUGGUUUGCACAGCUAUCCUUAAGGUUAAAAGUUUUUUAAAUGAUUGAUUCAACACAGGAUGACCUGAAUCAAACCGUUAGACCACCACACACACACACACACACACACACACACACACACACACACACACACACACACACACACACACACACACACACACACACCAGCCUCCACUCUGCAAUGAAGAAACACAACAGCUCAUUGUUUCUCUCUGUGUGUGGUCUCUCAACUGUUGGAUCCCCCCCAUCUAAAAGACCUUUUUAAGCUUUUAAGACAUCCAAAGCACCAUUUCAAGGAUCCAGAUUUAAUCCAAGUGGAAAUGGUUGCUCAGGAUUUAUGAUGUUAUUUUAUCCUGGAUAAAGAUGACUGUACACACUCACGCCAGUAUUCUACCUAGUAAUCUCUUAUAAUUUCACUUGAAGUCUUGUUUUCACAAGCAAACUGAAACGUUUUUAGUUUUUUAAUAAAUAAUUAUUAUAGUGUUAAGGCAUCAAAACACAGCGAGAACUGCAUUUGAAAUAUUUGUGGAUGUUCUAAAUCAUGGACAUAAACACCAGGAAGGAGGUCAAAGGCCAUUAUCUUGUGGGAAUAUGUGUUAUUUAGAGAAAGAGAAGCGAGGAUAUAUUGCGUAGUUUUCAGCUAAGGUGGAGCGUUUUAUCUGGGGACAAUACAGCAAUUUAUUACAAUAACAUUGGACACCAACAUUGCCUAGUGACCUGUUUAUGAUAAUAGUCUUAUACUAAAUGCCCCUUUCACAAAAAUAACAGCCUAAAAAGAAAUGUCUUCACAAUUCUUUAUUUUCUGAAGCAAUCCACUUUUAAUUUCUUUGAUAUAAUCAUAAACUCAGCAUGAGAUUUUGUGGGAAAACCUGAGCAGAAAGUCAUGUCGGACUGAGUUAGCUGCAAUGCAGCAUGUUUGUUAGAAGGCUUGUUUCCUGUCAUACAGCAGAGCUUCUUUACAUUCUUCACAUGUAAAUGUGGAAUGGCAACACCAUGCAGCAAUGAGGGUCAACCUAGAAACCGCUGAAAGUGUAUACCUGGCAUUCUAGUUAUUUUUGAUCCCUAAAGCUGUAUGCUGAAUCAACACAUACUAUAACAUACACUAAAUACAAACAUUCAUAUUCAACUGUAUGUGAAUGUACUACAUACCUCAAACCAUGGCUCAAAUAUUAGUAUGUAUUAUUUUGUUGUAAACAGGUCACAACAUUACACAAGUUAUUAUCUUGUCUGUGCUUGAACAUAACAAGGCAGAAAUAAUCUGUAGUUGCCUUCAGACAGUGCAAUCUGUCAACGCAGUGUAUGUCAUGUACUAAGUUUUCAGAAGGAAUAUGAGUGUGUGUGUGUGGGUUUUUUAAUGGAUCAUAUGCAACCUUCCAAGUAAACACAGUCUCUGUUUUGUAAACGCAUAUUGUAUUUAUCGGGAUACUCAUUUUUGUCUUUUUUUACUUUUUUUAAUGAGAUAAGCCUGUUGUACGUGUACAGUUUGAAUAAAAUCGAUACAGUUUGUAAUU